AUGUUAUUACUUUACUGGUCAACGAUGCUUCAUCGAAUUUGUACUGCGCUCGCUGCUGUGUCCAUGUUCUAUGGACACGAGGCAGCAAGUGCUAGCACAACUGGAAAAGCUGAGACGCUCAAUUGCUUGGCCGAAAUGAAUGAGGCCAGGACAGCAGCUGGACUCGCCCAGUUUGAGGAGGCAUCUAAUGAUAAGCAAAAACUGCCGCAAAGCACCACUUUAAAAGAAGCAAUAAACGCUGGCACUUUAUGGAACGAAAUCUGCACAAUAAUAACAACGGAGGAAAGCAACAGCGCUGAAGCCGAAAAAUUAGAGGGGACCUUCGCGUACUACCCCGGCAAAAAGGACUGCAAAGCGGCAGUCCAGCACUGGAAGGACGGAUUUUCGCUCUUCAAUAACCAGCUGCCCCCAACGUACACAGCAUUAAAUAACCCUGCGGUGUACACCGACAGGGCUGUUUCCUUUAUUGCCCUCUAUAACCCUAAAGCGAGUCCUGUAGCCAGCUGUGCCUUUGUCACCUGCACAACAGCAAGCGAGUUUGCUGCCCCAGCCCUCUCAAAAGGCAAGGAAGGGCCAACAUUAAGGAGCCUCGGAGAUGGAGCUCAAACAACUACUGCCGUUAUUUGCUUGACGAAUCCGAAGGCGCUGACUACUGGGGCGGCGCCAUUCAAGGAAGAUGAAUGGCAGAAGAUUGUUCAAUCUAUAGUUGGUACUGAGGAGGGCAAUGGGGUUUCCCCGAUCUUUGGGGGUGAUGCGGUGGAGCAGAUCAAUAGAAACUUUAAGGCACGCGAUGAAGAUCAGGAAAGUAGCAAGCUGCCUCCAACAUACACAGAUUCGAACCAGCCUGAUGUCUAUACCGACCAGGCUGUUUCCUUUGUUGCCCUCUAUAACCCCAAGGCGAAUCUUGUAGCCAGCUGCGCCUUUGUCACGUGCACAGAAGGAGCCGAAUUCGCUGCCCCAGAGCUGUCGAGUAGGCACGAAGAGCGGACAUUAAGAAGGCUUCGAGGUGAAGAGGAACCUGCUACAAGCGUUAUAUGCUUGGCGAAUCGGAAAGCAUUGAACUCAGGAGACGCGCCAUUCAAAGUGUCGGCACUGGAUGGGCUUGUCGUCGGCAGUCUCCCUGAACAAAUUGCCGAGCACGCGCGACCAAAAGGUUUCUUUUGGUGUUUUAUCAUUUAUGUUAAGGAUUGCAGGAGAUAA